AAAGCAGAGGUUUAUUUUAGCUCUCUGAGCUUCUAAGUGAAGAUAAGGAUGGGCUGUUUGUCGUUCACUUUCUGAGGGUAUUACCAUGCCUCAGCCUCUCACUACUGACCGAGAAAUAGUACACCCCAUGUGAUCCACACCUGUACCGGGAUACGUUAAGGUUGGUGCAUCCUGAGAAGCAGUCAGUCAGCCGCCUCACCCCGUAUGGCGGUUGAUACAUCCAACUGGCCUGCUUUACUGAGAUCAACAGUUUCCUGUUUUAUGCGUGCAUCCAUUUUUUCCAUUGAGUGUUUUCAGUGCAUGACUGAACUUUUCUCUUGUUUGAUUCUGUGUGUUGCUAAAAUGCCUUUCAUUCCCCUGGCUGCCUCGUUUGGACACCCUCGCUCGGCCUGUGGUCCAGGACUGGGCGGGGAGAACAUGCAGACCAAACGCCUCAGUCUGCCGGCGACGGCCUUCAACAAAUCCAAGGCCUCGGUGGACGAAAAAUGCAUCUCUGUGAAGGAGCGUCCCGCCCUCAACCUGAGGAACUCGGGGAGGAAGAGCCAACCUAAGAGCCGUCUGCCUACUGCCAAGGUAGUAGCAGCACCAGGACUGAACGUCAAAAGCAGUGAUCAACGGUUGCCCUCGUCAACGCUCCUCUCAGGAGUCUCCCACCACACACCUUCAAAGGCAGUCGAGGCCGCGUCUAAGAUACCGCUGUACAGCCACAAACGCCGCGAUGCGUCCUCUAUGAAGAGGGACCUACACGUGAACCACAGCGAUGUUUGCCAGAAAGAAUCUGGUUUUACAUUGAUGUUGACACCGGAAGCUGUUCACCUUUUGCAGAGGAGGAGCGCUGAGAGAAAACAACGCACGACACUGACAGCUUACAGCACCGCAGCUGGGGCUGAGGCCAUGAACAAGGCAUCGAAGUCUGGAAGGAAUAGGCAAAGCCCCUCAAUGCGGCAUGUGUUGUUAGCACCACAGUGUGCCUCACCCAGCAGUAGGUUGAACAUUGUAACUAACAGUAAGGAGGCUGCUCUGGGUGACAUUAGCUCGAUAGAGAAGAUAUCUCCUCUGAACGAACAGCACAAGUAUGACGAUGUGGAGUAUGAGGAGGAGGGAGACUGUGGUGUUGAUGAGCUUGUGGUGCUGAAAUGCAUGGAAUGGCUUCGAGGACUGGAAAAUGCAGUGGUAACCUUGGGUAACAGCACCAGUAAGGGUACAGAGAGACUCCAAAUUUGUAACGGGAAAAUUUGAGGCCAAAAUGAACUAAAAAACGAUUUGAGGUUGCAUAUAACUUUUCCAUGUUUAGUUCAGCUGGAUUGAUUAAU